ACAUACCUCUAGAUCUUUCUCACACAGUCGUCGUUUAAUUGUACACCGCCACGCCACCUAUAUUUCCCUUUCCCGAAGCCACUACUGGAAUAAUCUCUAAAACCCUAAACCCUAGCCUCCAUUAACAGAAGCUGCAAGCUCGUCGUUCCUUACUGUUUUCUCCGAUGGCAGCCGCCGUAUUGCUCAGAUCUCUUCGUCGCCGUGACAUUGCUACUUCUUCUCUUUCUGCUUAUAAAGCUCUUGCUUCAAACACUAAGCCGUCAUGGUGUCCAACACUUGGUGGUGCUAAAUGUGCUGGUCUAGCCAGACCAUUUUGCUCUAGACCUGCUGGAAAUGAGAUUAUUGGGAUUGACUUGGGUACAACAAACUCCUGCGUUGCAGUGAUGGAGGGCAAGAACCCUAAAGUGAUUGAGAAUGCUGAAGGAUCUAGGACCACUCCGUCAGUAGUUGCGUUUAACCAAAAGGGGGAAUUGCUUGUCGGUACUCCAGCCAAACGUCAGGCAGUCACCAAUCCUACAAAUACCGUAUUUGGGACCAAGCGUCUAAUUGGCAGGCGGUUUGAUGAUCCCCAGACACAGAAGGAAAUGAAGAUGGUUCCUUACAAAAUAGUGAGAGCUCCCAAUGGAGAUGCUUGGGUUGAAGCCAAUGGACAGCAGUAUUCCGCAAGUCAGAUUGGAGCGUUUAUUUUAACAAAGAUGAAGGAAACUGCAGAGGCCUAUCUGGGGAAGUCUAUUAAUAAAGCUGUGAUCACUGUUCCAGCUUAUUUCAAUGAUGCCCAGAGGCAGGCAACCAAGGAUGCGGGGCGAAUUGCAGGCCUUGAUGUGCAAAGGAUUAUUAAUGAGCCUACUGCUGCGGCACUUUCUUAUGGUAUGAACAACAAAGAAGGUCUUGUUGCAGUCUUUGAUCUUGGUGGUGGUACCUUUGAUGUUUCUAUAUUGGAAAUAUCAAAUGGCGUUUUUGAGGUCAAAGCAACAAAUGGGGACACCUUUUUGGGAGGAGAAGAUUUUGACAACGCGUUGUUGGAAUUUUUGGUGAAUGAGUAUAGAAGGACAGAUGGAAUUGACCUGUCAAAAGACAGGCUUGCCCUGCAAAGACUCCGAGAGGCAGCUGAGAAAGCUAAGAUAGAGCUAUCAUCAACCACACAGACUGAAAUUAAUUUACCUUUCAUCACAGCAGAUGCAUCAGGAGCCAAACAUCUUAAUAUAACGUUAACAAGAUCCAAAUUUGAGUCGUUGGUGUCCAACUUAAUAGAGAGGACAAGGGAUCCUUGCAAGAACUGUUUGAAGGAUGCAGGAAUAUCGACAAAAGAGGUGGAUGAGGUCCUCCUUGUUGGUGGUAUGACUCGUGUCCCUAAGGUGCAGGAUGUGGUCUCUGAGAUCUUCGGCAAGAGCCCAUGCAAAGGUGUAAAUCCAGACGAAGCAGUUGCCAUGGGAGCUGCAAUUCAAGGUGGCAUUCUCCGUGGUGAUGUGAAAGAGUUGCUGCUUCUGGAUGUCACUCCAUUGUCUCUAGGUAUUGAGACUUUGGGAGGUAUCUUUACCAGGCUGAUCAACAGGAAUACCACCAUACCUACAAAGAAAAGCCAGGUGUUCUCUACUGCUGCUGAUAACCAAACCCAGGUUGGCAUUAAAGUCUUGCAAGGUGAGCGAGAGAUGGCAUCUGAUAACAAGAUGCUGGGAGAAUUUGAACUUGUUGGUAUUCCUCCUGCACCAAGGGGUAUGCCUCAGAUAGAAGUCACAUUUGACAUAGAUGCAAAUGGACUUGUCACGGUCUCUGCAAAGGACAAGGCCACUGGCAAAGAACAGCAGAUUACUAUUCGGUCGUCUGGUGGACUAUCAGAAGAUGAGAUAGACAAGAUGGUCAAGGAAGCUGAGAUGCAUGCCCAGAGGGAUCAGGAGCGGAAGGCACUGAUUGAUAUCAGGAACAGUGCAGACACUACCAUAUACAGUAUUGAAAAGAGCUUGAGUGAAUACAGGGACAAGGUCCCCAAGGAGGUUGCCACGGAAAUCGAAAAAGCUGUUUCCGACUUGAGAACAGCAAUGGGAGGUGAUAACAUUGAUGAUAUCAAAUCAAAGCUUGAUGUAGCAAACAAGGCUGCUUCUAAGAUUGGACAGCAUAUGGCUGGUGGAGCUGGGGGUGCCUCUGGAGGUGGCUCUGAAGGAGGUUCUCAAGGGGGAGCCACCGAGGCCGAGUAUGAGGAAGUAAAGAAGUAGAUUAUCUUCGGGAACAUAACGUCGGAGUUGCUCAUUCUGUUGUCGAAAUGAAAUUUUUUUCUUUGUCAACCUCUUAUUCUCGGUAUAACUAGGAAGUUAGUGUGAACUGCUUGCUUAUGAAAUUUUUUGUUCUCCAAGUAGAGGGGUGAGACCAACCUCAUUAUGAUUAGGCAAUAGUAGGAUUAUCACGGUCGCAUCUCAGGUUAAGGUGAACCUUGCCUUUUGUUGCCAAAAUAAAUUACUUCAUGAGAUAUAGAGUAGAGUGUAUGGUUAUAUUCCCCUUGCCUUCUAAGUUUCUGUUCUUUGGCA